AUGGCUACGUCAGGGGACAAGUACUCCGUCAUUCUUCCUACCUACAACGAGCGCAAGAACCUGCCAAUCAUCUCUUGGCUGCUUGAGAAGACCUUUAGAGAAAAUAACCUCGACUGGGAGAUUAUUAUCGUGGACGAUGGAUCCCCUGACGGGACGCUAGAGGUCGCGAAACAGCUCCAGAAGCUCUGGGGUCCCGAGCACAUCGUUCUGAAGCCACGGGCUGGGAAACUGGGUCUGGGAACUGCCUACGUUCACGGCCUGCAGUUCGCGAAAGGCAACUUCGUCAUCAUCAUGGACGCCGACUUCAGCCACCACCCCAAGUUCAUCCCCGACAUGAUCAAGAUCCAGAAGGAGACCAACGCCGACAUCGUGACCGGAACGCGAUACGCGAAGCGUGGAAAUCAGAGGGGUGGCGUUUAUGGCUGGGACCUGUUCCGCAAGUUCACGUCGCGAACGGCGAACCUCAUCGCGGACGUCAUGUUGAUGCCGGGAGUCAGUGAUCUGACCGGGAGCUUCCGUCUGUACAAGAAGAACGUGCUGGAGAAGGUCAUUACCAGCACCCAGAGCAAGGGCUAUUCGUUCCAGAUGGAGAUGAUGGUCCGCGCCAAGGCCCUCGGCUACAAAGUCGAGGAGUGCCCGAUCACGUUCGUGGAUCGUCUCUACGGAGAGAGCAAGCUCGGCGGUGACGAGAUCGUCGAGUAUCUCAAGGGCGUUUUCCUUCUGUGGCUGAAGGUCUGA